GUAAAAUAAUCACCUGAUAAUCACACUUUUUUUACGGGAAUGAUGAAGAAAUUAUUUAAACAUGGAGAACGCAAAGAUUAUUUAUAAUUUAGUCUUUUACUUACACCUUCCUCUGUCAUGUUGUGAUUUUGAUUCUCUCAGUUGGAAUUUCUUCAGCUCUUAUGGCCUUGGCCUUCCCAGUUUCACAGAGAUUAUGACGGUGAAUGAUGUGACCAUCUUUUACUAUGACAGCAACAUGAAGUCGACACCACCAUAUCCUGAAUGGGUUAAAAACACUGCUGCUGAGCCACACUGGGAAGAGACCGUUGCAGAAGUAUACAUGGACAGGGUAAUUAUUUCUUUAGCACUUCGAACAGCCAUAUUGGAGUUCAACCGCACAGGCAAAUUUUCAGAAAAGAAUGUAUACCAAGUCUACAGUCAAUGUGACCUCUAUCCAAAUGGUACAACCAAGGCAUCAUUAACCCAUGCAUUCAAUGGGAAGGACUUUAUGAGUUUAGAUAUUGAAAAUAGGAGAUACAUUGCUUCUGUUCCUCAAGCUCUCAAAUAUAAACAUAUGAAGGAGGAUGAUAUAACCUACUUUGAAUUUGUGGUGUCUUACUACAAAAAGUAUUGUUUUGAUCGCCUUAGGGUGUUCUUAGAACAUGCUCCUCAACUCAGAAUAAAAAACGCUCCAGAGGUCAGGGUCUUUCAAAGGCAGAGAGCAGGUUCCAACGUCCUCACCUGUCAUGUGACUGAGUUUUACCCCAAAGCGGUGCAAGUGAAGUGGUUUGGGGCAGAUUUUCAGCUGGUAGAUGAUGAAAUAAAUGAUGUUCUGCCUAAUGGUGACAGCACAUUUCAGACCCGAAGAAGUGUGAUUAUACCUAAAGAGGACACAGAAGAUCAGCUCUAUACCUGUGUAGUGUAUCACAGCAGCCUCAGAGCGGGAAAUAUUACAGUCACAUGGGGUAAAGAAGAGAUACCAUUUAAGAUUUCUGUUUGGAUUCUAUUAGGCUGCAUUUUCAUGCUUACUGUUGGGUUUGUAAUACGAUACUUCUAUAAAACUAACGCCACUAGGGAACAAGAUGACUACUGAAGAGAAGAUCAAGGUGUUUAUUUAUUACCUCAAACUCAUAUACAGCCCCUACAAUCUACAUUCUGUCCUCAGGUUUAGCUGUUUCUUCUAAGACAUUUUCAUACAUGUCCUAUGAAGGAUGAGAAUUCUUGGGUUUAUUUUUUCCAACUACCUCAGGUUCAAUAUGAACAACAAAUAAGCUUUAAAACUAUUUUGUCAAAGAUACUUUAAAACAAGUUGUUUACAAAAGCCAGAUGACAAAGACAUUAAGAUAGAACUUUAACAAAAGCACAUUUCCAUGUUACUGCGUUUUUUCUUUUUGUAGUAACACAAGUUAACAUUUCAAAGUUUAGUGUUUUACUCAAAAAGAAACUGACAUAUUAUAUCUCAGAGUGUAUUUAUUGAUGAUUUUUAUUUUAAAUAUUUCGAUAAACUUCUCGGUAUUUUAACUCUAACUCGACAGGAAAACCCAUCAACCACCUUUCUUACAUACUGUACGUGUCCAACUAGUUUUAUUGUAGGAAAUGAAUUAUAUGUUUUAAGAUAUUUAAGUAUAAUUUAGGAGCUCUUUAAGGAAGGUUUGAAACUGACAAUAUUACCCAUAUUAUUUUUCUGUGCUUGGCUUGCCAUGUGUGUUUUUAUUUAUUUACAAUAUUAAUUUAACAAGUAUAUUUAAUAUUUAUAUAUACCUCACACCCUAACUUUCUCACUCGUUCACUCUAUACCGCUUUAUCCUGUAUUUAGUGUUGCAAUGAGUUUUCACUCCAAAUAUUGACUGUUUAUUUUAUUACUCUUUAUUGCUCUUUAUAGAAGUUUCUUUUAUGCAGAUUUUCUUUUUCAAAAGCAUCUAUUGCUUAUGCCAUACUUUUGUAUGUGCCCAAGAC